CUGCCUGAGCGGGUGCCCCUGCUGGUUUCCGGUGUGUGUCUGAGGCCGGGCCGGGGACGCGGCGCGGAGCCGAGCCGAGCCGGGGGCGGGAUGGCGGACGACGGCGCGGAGCGGUCCGACGGCCGCAUCGUGAAGAUGGAGGUGGAUUACAGCGCCACGGUGGACCAGCGCCUGCCCGAGUGCGAGCGGCUGGCCCAGGAAGGAAGACUUCAAGAGGUCAUUGAAACCCUACUCUCUUUGGAAAAACAGACACGAACGGCCUCUGACAUGGUUUCCACGUCCCGUAUCUUGGUUGCUGUAGUAAAAAUGUGUUAUGAAGCUAAAGAUUGGGAUGCUCUUAAUGAAAAUAUUAUUAUUCUGUCAAAGAGAAGAAGUCAGUUAAAACAGGCAGUUGCUAAAAUGGUCCAGCAGUGCUGUACCUAUGUUGAGGAGAUUACAGACCUACCAAUCAAACUGCGAUUAAUAGACACACUGCGUAUGGUAACAGAAGGAAAGAUUUACGUGGAAAUUGAGCGUGCUCGUCUUACAAAUACACUCGCAACAAUAAAAGAACAAAAUGGUGACGUGAAAGAAGCUGCUUCAAUUUUGCAAGAACUACAGGUGGAAACCUACGGUUCAAUGGAAAAGAAAGAGCGUGUGGAAUUCAUCUUGGAGCAGAUGAGACUCUGUUUGGCUGUAAAAGACUAUGUUCGGACCCAAAUUAUCAGCAAAAAAAUUAACACCAAAUUUUUCCAGGAAGAAAACACAGAGAAAUUAAAGCUGAAAUACUACAACUUAAUGAUUCAGCUGGAUCAACAUGAAGGUUCCUACCUCUCAAUCUGUAAGCACUACAGAGCCAUUUAUGAUACUCCUUGUAUCCAGGCUGAAAGUGAAAAAUGGCAGCAGGAACUGAAGAAUGUUGUUCUGUAUGUUAUCCUUUCACCUUAUGACAAUGAACAGUCUGAUUUGGUACACAGAAUAAGCAGUGACAAAAAGCUAGAAGAAAUCCCUAAGUAUAAAGAUCUUUUAAAACUAUUUACCACUAUGGAGUUGAUGCGCUGGACCGUCCUAGUUGAGGAAUAUGGAAAGGAAUUAAGAGAAGGAAGUCUUGAUAGUCCUGCCACAGACGUCUUUGGUUAUACAGAGGAAGGUGAAAAGAGAUGGAAAGACUUAAAGAACAGAGUUGUGGAGCACAAUAUUAGAAUAAUGGCAAAAUAUUAUACCAGAAUUACAAUGAAGAGGAUGGCACAGCUCCUGGAUCUAUCUGUUGAUGAAUCGGAGGAGUUCCUGUCCAACCUAGUAGUAAAUAAGACCAUCUUUGCAAAAGUAGACAGGUUGGCAGGAAUUAUCAAUUUCCAGAGGCCCAAGGACCCAAAUAACCUACUCAAUGACUGGUCUCACAAGCUCAACUCACUGAUGGCCCUAGUUAACAAAACCACACAUCUUAUUGCCAAAGAGGAGAUGAUACAUAACCUGCAAUAAGAUGCUUCAGUAUACUUAAUGCCUUUUGAAGAAGGCAUUAAAACUUGGUAAUAGACUAUUAUCCCAGUGUAUAUUUGGUUUAUUUUCUCCCUACCCAAACCCUCCCUGUCUAAAACUUAGAACAUGAAUAAUAACUCUUGGAAGUCUUGUUGAUAAUUAAGUUCCCUUCUUUAUUCGUUAAUUGUUAAACAUUUUUUGCUACAGUUGGUGAAAACAUAAUAAAAUGUAUUGCCUGUGUUAUCAAAAUUAGUCUUGUGAUUUAUCCCAGUAGUUUUUCAAUAAAUUUGUAGAUGUUUGUCUUGAUCCACCUAA